AUGACCACGUCGGAUGUGCGUGAGAUUCGCCGGCCGGCUCAUGUUGCCAUGCUCACCAUCAGCCUUGCACUUGUCCCCGCUUUUGCGUUUUGGGUUGGGCGACAGGAGCGACUGGGCAAGCCGGCACUUAUCCCUAAUUCGAUUUGGAAGAAUAAGGCGUUUACGAGCAUUUGCCUGAUGGUUCUGUUGGCCUUUGGUGUCAUGCAGACGAUGGAACUGUUCGUCAGCCUCUUCUUCCAACAAGUCCAGCGCCUCUCAGCCCUUGAGACCUCCAUCCGGCUACUCCCUGCAAUCGUAAUGGGCCUCGUUCUCGAAGUCACAACCGGUUUGUUCGUACACCGUAUCUCCGUCCUCUACCUCGUCGUCAUCUCAUCCCUACUUUCCGCUGGAUCACCCUUACUGAUGGCAGUCAUAAACAAGAACUGGCCGUAUUGGUAUGAUGCCUUCUUCGCGCAGUUCCUGAUGUACUUUAGUGUCGACGUGCUCUUCACAGUGGGAAGUUUCGUCAUCAGCGACGUCUUUCCGCCGCAAACGCAAGCUCUGGCCGGUGCCAUUUUCAAUGUAAUGAAUCAAUUCGGGACGUCGCUUGGUCUGGCUGUAAUGGGUGUCAUUGCUUCGGCUGUGACCAAGCAGUCGGACAUUGCGGACAAGGCUUCUCCUGAAGCUCUCGAGGCGGGAUACCGUGCUACAUUCUGGGCCGCGAUGGCUUGGAUGCUUGUGACGUGCUGCAUUGGUGUCUUUGGGCUGCGGAAGAUUGGCAAGGAUGACACGGUUCGCCACGCAGAAAUGGGUGUUGAGAUAUUCUGUUUGCCUUUGUCACGACACAGCGACAUCUCAGUGACACAAUGGAGUCCCGUCGCACAGAAAGCACUCCACGUCACAUUCGACACCGCAAAAGCUCGAGAAAAUCGGGCCAGCAAACUAUAUCUCACAGCGCAACCCCUCCGAAAGUCUCCAUCAUCCCCCCAAACCCUCCCUCCUCCAAGAAUUCCGCAAACAACCCCCCUCACAAUGGAAUACAUGCGCGCCCUCAGCUCCAACAAAGCGGACUUGCAGAAGAAAUACCUCACUAAAGACAGCAAACCCUACGACCACAUCACCAUCGGCGCCAUAAUCCUUUCCAAAACAAACUCCCCCGACCCCGAACCGCGCCUUUUAUUGCUAAAGCGCGCCGUGCACGACAAACUCCACCCGAACGUCUUCGAAAUCCCCGUCGCCAGUAUGGACGAUACUGAUCUUGAUGUGCAGGAAGUGCUGAAGCGCGUGGUAAGUGAAAAGAUGGGGUUGCGGGUUGGGUGGGUUGUUGGGGCGUUGAAGCCGCUUGUUUACACGACGGAGAGGAUUUUGGCGGAGGCUGAUGGGAUGGGAGGGGGCGAUGAGGGGGUGGCUGGGGUGGGAGAGACAGCAAAGGAGUCGUGCAUCCAGUUUACUUUCAUCUGCGAGUCGAGGGCUGGUGAGAAAGAGGUUGAGGUGGAUCAGACGGAGUACGAUAUGGCGGUCUCGCUGGACGUGUUUGAGAUUGAUGAUUAUUAUAUCGUGGAGCGGACGAGGGAGGUGCUGGAGGAGGCGUUUGAGUUGCUGGGAGAGGGUUUGGGUGCGUGA